GCUUCCUGUGUUUCUCUUCCCAGCAUCCUCCAUUCCAUCCUUCCUGUGUGGAUCUUGGCUAAAGUGUGGGAUUCCUAUAGGAGUUUGUGUUUGUCUCCCAGGGGAGAGGGUGUAAAUCAGCUGAGCAGGGACAUCACGUGCCAUCACUGGGGCCCCUAUAGAGAGCACAGGGCCACAUGAACUACUCCCACCAGAUGCAGCCAAUGGAAAGGAGCAGGAGGGCUGGGACAGGAGCCAAUCAGAGCAGAAUGGAAGCCAGUGAGGACUAUGUGUGUCAGUUAGCGGAUGAGUUGGCAUUGCGCAUCCUCUGGUACCUUGAUGGCAAGGAGAUCCUGCAGGUGGCACAGACUUGCCAGCGCUGGAGACAGUUGGCUGAGGAUGAAGGUCUGUGGCAGGGAAAGUGCAAGGCUCGUGGCAUUGAGGAGCCGCUGUACAUAAGCUCAGCUACAGGCUCUACAUCUCCAUGGAAAAGCACUUACAUCCGUCAGCUCAGGAUCCAUAACAACUGGUGCCUGGGAAGAUACAGAAAAAUCACCCUGGAACUAAGUAAAGAGGAUCCCACCUUCCUGUGCUUGGAAUAUGAUGGGAAGCAGUUGGUCGGUACGACCCAUUACGAUAUUAUAAAGAUCUGGUCGGCAGUUACAGGCAAAUGCCUAAAGACCCUGGUUGGUCACAGGGCUGAGGUUUGUGAUAUUCAAAUGAGAGGAGACAUCAUCGUUAGCGGCUCUGACGAUCUGACACUGAAAGUGUGGAAUGUGGAGAGUGGCGAAUGUAUCCGGACACUGCGCGGCCAUAGAGACAGUGUGAGUUGUUUGCAUCUCCAUGAGCAACAGGCAGUGAGUGGUUCUUGCGAUUACACCAUCCGCGUUUGGAAUAUUGAGACUGGGCGGUGCUUACACAUCCUGACGGGUCACAGCUCUCGCAUCAUAUGGGUCUGUUAUGAUGGCCGACGGGUGGCCAGUGAAGACAUGGGUGCUCGAGUGAAAAUCUGGAAUCCGGAGACAGAAACCUGUUUGCACAGCUAUAACAUGCACAAUAUCAACCCCCCCUAUGUGCAGUUUGAUGGGACCCAUGUAGUUAGCCAGUGCAAGGAUAAGUCCGUCCUCAUUUGGGACGUGGAAACCGGGAAAUGUAUCUUUGCAAUAGCUGAAAACAAGACCUACUCCGGCGUCAUGGCGAUGAAGAACAACAUUCUCAUCUUAGGAACCGACGGACACACUGCCGAAAUCUGGGACGUUAAAACCAGGCAGCGCUUGAAUGUAUUGCAGGGUUCCCAAGGGAUCGACGUCCGAGAUGAAAGCCUUGAAAUGCACCGGGACUUUGUUAUAUCCAGGACCCCCGAGGGGAACCUUUCACUGUGGAACUGGAGAACAGGGGAAUUUCUACACAAUCUGUUUGUAUCCGAUGCAAAAGAAACUCGCGCCUUUAAUUUCCGAAUCUCCGAUACAAAAUGUGUCUACGGAGUUGCCGAGAAACAGAGACACAUCCCCUGGCCGAGCAAAGUGGAGGUUCUGGACUUUGAUGUAGAGUAAAGAAACAAUACGUGAAGUGUUGUAAGCUGGGUGCUCCCCUUUAUUCCCCCCCAGCAAGUUUUAUGUUGAACGUUGAUGUCAAAAUGAACCUGUUUGUUGAAUGGGACAAGAGCAAAUAAAUCCCUUAAGGCCGGGGAUGGAGAAUUUUGCUCAAUUCAGAAGUUCUUGUUGUGUCCAGACAACUGGAGAUUUAGUGCCUUCACGUUUCACGUUCCCAGACCUCCAGUUCCUUCUUGUUUGUCACACGAUUUUCAUAUCUUCUUCCCCUACCAACCAGUACUUCCAAUCAGAUCUUUGUAUGAAGCUUUGUCUGGCUGAAGAAUUUGUUCAUUAAAGGUUUUGCAUGAAUAUCA